GGUGGUGGGGGGCUACAGAGAGGGAGAGGAGAGAGAAAGAAGAACGUAAAAAAUAGAAAAAAAAAAUUUGGAGAGAGAAGCAGAGAAACCCCUGAGAACUGAAAGAAGAUGGUGGAAGAGAGGGUCUUCUGAGAUCAUUCGAGAAAAGGGCAGUAAGAAAAAAAAUUAAUUAUGUUGUAUUAGAUUUUUUUUCUUUGCUGCCUUCUUCAAGUCUCACCUCCCACCAAUCAACCCCACCCUCCUUUGAAAAAGAAAACCAAUUUCAACUCCAUUCAGACCCUGAAAUUCUUAAGGAUAUUACCAUUCAGUUACAGCACCAAGGAAAGUUAUUCUUUUGCAACCUUUUGCUCCUUUCUUUAUGCUGUAAUCGAGUUGUGGAGAUUUUGUUGGGACAUUUUCUGGAGAGAAUGGUUAUGCAAUUGUUGAUGAGAAGGGUGUUCUAGAAGUCAAUUUUAAUUAUGAAGAGGAGGGAAUCAGAUAUGAUCAUUAUCCGCAAAAGCCCAGAUGAAUUCGCAUUUGUUUGUAGUAUAGUUUUCACCUGGAACUGAAUUUUUUGAACGUAUAUCUCUGCAAGUUCUUUUUUAAUAAUUGGGACGUUGUUGUUUUUCAAUACUUCCAAACUGGUUAGAGGUGUUUUGUAUAAAAAUCUGGCGAUUUUGUAUAGAGUCCUGGCUUUUGGCAGCAAUUGUCACUACCUCCACCCCUUCCGCAUUUGGUUCAUCAAGCAAUGGGGGGUAGAUGGAACGCUUUUGGAUUCCAGUUCUUAAUAUUUUCAGUUCUGAUCAUCUUUUUGGGAAUUCAAAGGUGUUGGUCGCUUAAUUCUGAAGGAUUGGCUUUGCUGGAAUUCCGGGCAGGAGUGGACUCUGAUCCAUAUGGCGCCUUUUCCAAUUGGAAUUCCAGUGACAGUGAUGGUUGCAUGUGGUUGGGUGUUCACUGUUAUGACAGUAAAGUGCAAACACUGGAUUUGAAUGGGCUUUCUUUGGAAGGAAUACUGGCUCCUGGGCUUGGGAAACUUAGUCACUUAAGAUCCCUUGUACUCCACAAGAACAAUUUCUCUGGUACCAUUCCUAAAGAGAUUGGAGGACUUAUAAGGUUGGAGCUAUUGGACCUGAGGGAUAAUAACUUGAGUGGAGUAAUUCCAGAAGAAAUAGGCUCAAUGCCUUCACUGAAACGCUUAUUGCUUUGUGACAAUAAAUUUGAAGGAAGCAUUCCUAUGGAUGCUGGGAAGCUCAAUUUGCUCUCUGAAUUGCAAUUUGAUGAAAACCUUACAUCUCCUGUUGCCAGUGGAACUGGUUUUGCAAAUAGAAAAUUUGGACACUGCGUCUGGCAGAGCAGUUUGAAACAACUGAGUAAGGAAGAUUCCUUCAUAAUCCCGAUUAAAGGAAGACUUAAACGCUACGUCAAUGUCUUGGCACAGUUAAAGUUUGGAAAGGACUCUUCACAUGGUCAAGGAGAUAAUUGCUGUGAUACACAACCUAGGGUUCCAUCUGAGCUCCACAUGGUCCAAGAUGUAGAGGAUCUAGGUAAUUUUGUGAGACGUAGGCUGCUCCAGCAGUCCAGUAACCUUGCAGCUAUAGCUGCCAGCGGUGGUUCACCCCUUCAACUGAUCAUUACUCCCUUUACACGGAGCAGCGGGGCUUUCCCAGCUGUAGCAAAUGAAAAGAAGAAACAAUCUCAUACACCUGCCCCCCAGCCUUCACCUGCUGAUUCUUCAUCGAAACAAACUAACAGCACGGAGAAUUCUCAUGACCAAGCUUCCCACUUCAGUCCUGGAAAUUCCACCAAUCAAAAAACUUCAGUUGAUGGUAGUUCUGGGAAUAUAUGGAAGUAUGUUUUCGUGGUUCCAGGUGUGGCACUCUUACUCAUUGUUGCUGCAGUCAUGCUCUGCAUGUGCCGAAGCAGAGGAGUGACAACAAUAGGUCCUUGGACGACUGGACUCAGUGGACAGUUGCAGAAAGCAUUUGUUACAGGAGUGCCGAAGCUGAAUCGAACAGAGCUGGAAACUGCAUGCGAGGAUUUCAGCAAUAUUAUCAACACUCUGGAUGAUUGCACUGUGUACAAGGGCACACUGUCAAGUGGAGUAGAGAUUGCUGUUGCAUCAACUGGAAUUUCUUCUUCCAAGGACUGGUCAAAACGCUCAGAAAUGGCCUUCCGGAAAAAGAUUGAUACACUAUCACGGGUGAACCACAAGAACUUUGUCAAUCUUCUUGGCUACUGUGAGGAGGAUGACAUUUUCGUAAGAAUGAUGGUGUUUGAGUAUGCUCCAAAUGGAAGCCUCUUUGAGCAUCUUCACGUUAAGGAAGUGGAACAUCUUGAUUGGAAUGCUAGAACAAGGAUAAUUAUGGGAACUGCUUACUGUCUUCAAUACAUGCACGAGCUUAAUCCGCCUGUAGCACAUUCCAAUCUGACUUCAGCUGCAAUCUAUUUGACCGAUGAUUAUGCUGCUAAAAUUGCAGAGAUCAAUAUUUGGGCAGACCUUUCAUCUAAAUCAAAGAUCUCAGGCAAUGAGGAAUCUGAGCAUUCUGAAUUGCCACCACUUGCUGAUCCAGAAUCAAAUGUCUACUGUUUUGGAAUACUGUUGCUGGAAACUAUUUCUGGGAAGCUCCCUUACUCUGAAGAACAAGGGCCUCUUGUGAACUGGGCUGCCGAACACUUAAAUGACAAAAGAAGCAUCAGCUACCUUAUUGACCCAACCCUGAAGUCCUUCAAAAACAACGAGCUUGACAUCAUCUGCGAAGUAAUCCAGGAUUGCAUCCAACCCAAUCCAAGGCAGAGGCCGACAAUGAGGGAAGUCACUUCAAAACUGAGGGAAGUGAUUCCUAUUUCACCUGACUCAGCAACACCAAGACUUUCUCCCCUCUGGUGGGCUGAACUUGAGAUCCUAUCUGUGGAAGCAACCUAAUUUCUGUCUGACUCUUCUGGGUUGUAAGUCCAGUUUCUCUCACUUUGUAUCAAUGUGCAAAAAAGAAUAGGUUUUAAUCUGUGUUCCCAGUGUAACUACUACCAAUCCUUUGUUAUUCAAAUCUGUUUUUGUCCCUUCCCUCUUUUACAUGUUGGCAAUGAUUUCUUCUAUUUGAUUAUUUUCCUGUUAUUUCUUAGCAUUCCUUUGCAAUAAAAUGUCUGGUACACAUUAAGUUUCACUAGACGGGUGCUUGCUCCCAAUUUAUACCUGAUAUAUGUAUUGUUUUGAACAUGGUUUGGCAUGUAAAGAAAGGGAAAGCAUAGCACUGGGAUCUGAGUCCCAAAAUACUUUGGUUUGUAAA